AUGACUGUGGCAAACGUAACCACAGUGAGUGGCUUCUUCCUCCUGGGUUUCUCUGACAACAGGGAACUGCAGAUCCUACACGCUUCUCUCUUCUUGAUGGUGUACCUAUUAGGCUUGGUAGGGAACUUCAUCAUCAUCACAAUCACAACACUAGACUCACAGCUCAGAUCUCCAAUGUACUACUUCCUGAAGAACCUAUCCCUUCUCGAUCUCUCCUCCCUGUCUGUCACUGUUCCCCAGUCUAUUCACAAUUCCCUGACUGGCAGUGAAUACAUUUCCUAUGUUCAUUGUGUGCUGCAGGUUUUCUUUUUCAUAUCCUUUGGUGGGAGUGAGGUGGCCAUUCUCACAGUGAUGUCCUAUGACCGCUAUGUGGCUAUCUGUCUCCCACUGCACUAUGAGGUCAUCAUGAAUCCCAGAAUGUGCAGAUGGGCUGUGACAGCUGUGUGGAUAAGUGGAGGCAUCCCAGGAAGUUUGUAUGCAGCAACCACAUUCUCUAUCAGGUUCUGCAGGGCCAAAAUAAUCCACCAGUUCUUCUGUGAUGUCCCCCAGCUGCUCAAGCUCUCCUGCUCCAAUGAUUACCUUGUAGUGGUUGGAGUGGCUGCUUUAAUGGCUAUGGUAGGAACUGCCUGCUUCACUGCCAUUUGCCUCUCCUAUGUCCGGAUAUUCUCCACAGUCCUCAGGAUGCCCUCUGCAGGUAGGUCUAAGGUCUUCUCCACCUGCCUGCUGCACCUCUGUGUGGUCACAUUUUAUGUCUCCACUAGUGUGUUUGCAUAUCUUAAGCCAACUUCAGACUCCAUGACUGCUCUAGACAUCAUGCUUUCUAUCUUUUACACUGUACUUCCCCCAGUAUUCAACCCUGUUAUUCACAGUCUGAGGAAUGAGGCCAUGAAAACAGCUGCAAGAAAGUUGCUAUUAAGUCAUAGAUUCCCUGGAAGAAAAUUAGUUUUGUCUUGCUGUUCAUAG